UCCACUGCCCCCUUUCUGAGGAGGGUUCGAGUGAAGAAUGUCAAAUGAUGAUUACUUUUUUUCUUUCUCACACUAGGCCUCGUGGGGCCCUUAGCCAGCUAUGAGCUCACCAAGGUCCGGAUCUCGGUCAUUUUUUUUAACUAAAAAUAACUGUCGAAAUACAACUGGAUAAAAAAAAUCAGUGGUUGAGAACAUCUUAAUGGGACAUCUUCACAGGGAUUCAUUUUAUACAUGUUAUGAGAGUCUGCUGCGAGUGAGAACUUUGAAAAUGGGGUGCAAGAACAGUUCCUGGCAUCAGCAGCACUUCCCCUGAUCUUGUGUGUGAACUGCAGGAAGCAUACCAAUUGCUGAGAUAUUGCAAAGCUGAUUAUGCCUAAGAAUUGUUCAAACAGUAACAUGGUAGGCUGCAGUGUCUGGAAUUGCAAGACAUGAAACAUGUUAAACAAGCGUCAUAUUGCAUAUUAGGUCUUAUUCGAUACAACCACUGAUUGAUAAACAGGGACAACAAACCAGUUCAAAGCUAAAUGUGGAAGGGUACAAUAAUGACAUUAGCUUAUAGUAACACUUUGAUUUUUUGUCAUUUUCUUGGCUAUAAGGUUAUUAUUAUCAUGUGUCAAACAGUAGACCUGUGGAGUUUGAUUUUCUAGAAUACUUUUGACAUCUUUCUAACUGGCCCAACUAAAACAGCACCAUUAGAAGUAGAUGGGGUGGGGUAAAGAGGGAACAUCCAACAUCAAAACAAUUCAGUUCAGAUAGUUUACUUACAAUUGAAGGGACACUAUGGAACAGUUUGGCACUUUUUUGAGGUAUUUUAUCAGACAACCAAGUUCCCCCGCUGCACUGAAAGGAUAAGAGGCAGAGCAAAGAUCACCUCCAUGAUCUGUACUCCUGCACAGGCUUAAGGAUGACUGACAAAUGGUUCCUCCAGUGUAGUCUUGCAGUUGGGAAGAUGAUUACAGUUCCAGUGGAUGGAUCAGGUCUUUUCAUUAACCAGUUUCUGGACUGAAUGUAUUAAUGUGGCCCUUCGAGCAGGAAAAAAGGUAUUAGGUCCACCUAGUUAGCAUUUUCUGGUCUCUACCUCUCUCUUGUGUUACUCAGUGAAAUAUACUCAGGCAUUGGGAGUGCUUCGCAUACAGUUCUGAAUGUUAAUUUUUUUUGGUUGGAAUUGUAUCUCACCCAAUUAAGUGUCAGAGAAUACAUCAUCCUAAUACAAGAGACAAAUGCACUUAUAAGUUUUUGUAUGUAAGGUCUUGCAUCCGGUCAAUGGAUUCCAGACUUUCUCUGCUGAAAUAUGUUUUCAUAGGAAGGACACUUCCCACUCAGCAGGAGUUUGUUUAUGCAUUUUGGAGUACUUGUGCACUUACAAGGUCAGGGCUUCCAUUGUUGGCAGUCUCUACCUAUCAAUUCACAUUCUAAUGAUGCUUGUUGCCUGCUUGCUUCUGCUUAACUCAGCAUGGACAAUACAUCUGCAGUCUCAAAGUGCCUUGUCAAGAUACCAAGAGGCCUGGGCAUGUGUUAUUGAAUAAUAAUGAGUGCUUCAUUGUCAAGCCAUGGUUGGAAUUAAUGUUUAUUUUAAAAACUUAACAACUGAAUAGAUGUACUGGUAUACUGGAUGGAACAGUAAGACGUUACAGUUAUUAUCUUUUUGGCCGUGCAUAUGGAUGUAUGUAUGCCUGGUCAUGAUAGAGGAUGGUACACUAUGCAUCAGGUGCCUUCUGACCCCCAGGUUAGAUCCAGGGGCUCUACCCACUGCAUUGAUGAAUUGGCACUCACUGCCAAUAACUUUAUUACUAGCAUUUAAAAGUUUGAGGAUUUGACUCCUUAUCGAUGAUUCUUCAUUUCAUGUGGCCUAAAGAUGUUACGUCUAUGCUAUUACUGGUUCUGUAAUGUAUCCCAGCUGUUUACAUGGCAAUCAGUAAUCAGUUAAAAUGGUUCUGUCGCUGAGUUUUUCUAUGUCAUGGUUACACACUUACCAUAAUGCAAGUGAAUACUGAUGCUUUGAUGACCUUUGUUAAUUGUUCACUUGUCAGCAUGAGAAAAUACAUAAUAAGGGAUCUAUGCCUUUAAUCUGUGAGGCACUUCAGUGUAAGUGUGAAAUGUGUUUCAUUUGUGAAUAUAUAUAUAUGUCUCUCAGAGCCAAGAAUGUUGUAUGUUCAAUGUUUACUGAACUGUAAAGGUUUUUAUAACAUGGCAAAUAUGUGCACAAACAAAUACAUUCACAGGUCUAAACACAAAAUGAUUUUAGUGAGUUUAUCCAUCCUUGACUGGAGGAAACCACGUGAGAAGCUGUAGGCAAGGUGACCUGCCAAGCCUCAUUGCACCUGAAAUGGCCCCCGAGGCUCCAGUUUUACAUGCCCCCUGUAACGACCCACUCUACCUGGGCAGGUCAGGUGGUACUCGGCACACCCAGCCCACACUCUCACCUUUACCCCACGUUGACAAUGUCAUAGCGGCACAUUUAUCACAGUAGAAGCGGAGUGUGACUGUGAGGAGCCUGUGUCAGUCUCGGCUGUGUUGGUCUGGAGCUGCCCUGUUCCUCCGCAGCUAGCCGAUGGCUGAGAACAAGCCGUAUCGUUAUGGGCUGAUCGUGCUGGGGCUGCUACUGGUGUCUGUGGGCCUGUUUGUGAUGAGCGUGGAGGAGCCCCACGUUUUUGCCACCUUCUGUGCCAUGGGGGUGCUGACGGCCGCCGUAGGCACAGUCUGGAGUAUGUGCCAGUGCUACCCAAAGGCAACCUUCAUUAUACCCAACCAGGAGGAGAUCUGGACGAGUGAGAGGGGGGGACAGUAUACCAUUCCAAUAAUCAGCUCAUGUGAGACAACCACUGAACCACUGAAGGCUCCUCUGGCAAAUCUCAAUGAUGAAGAGGAGGAAGAGGAAGAUACAUAUGUCAUGAGUGGCUCUGCUGUGACAGCCAUGGCAUCAACCAUGGCCGCCAUCCAGGCCUCUCUGACUCCUCCAUCCCGCAGUCCUCUGUCUCACAGCAAGACACUGGGGCUGGAGUUGGAAGCUGAAAUGUAUUAUGGGACCGUGGAGGACUCUUGCCAUUUCAGCUCUGAAAUAGACAGUGACUGACCGGUGUCUGUACUUUGAAGAUAAGCUGUUAGCUAAAAUUAGAAUAGACAGUUAGAAGGACAUUGACUAGCUAGACACUUGUUUUGAAUGCAGAAGCAUUUGAAUUCUGUGGGUUUAUGAAGGAUAAUCUAAAUUUGAAUUGACUCAGGGCAUCUGCAUUCUAUUUCAGGUACAAAUGCGGGUUUCUCCCAUGGUUAUAAUAUUCAAGUUUGCUCUUAUAAAAUAGAUUUGUUAAUAAAAAAGAGUUCUUUUUUACAAUG